AUGAAGUCCUCAUCACUUGUGGCCGCGGCCCUCCUCGGAGGUGCCAAUGCCCAUGCCCACCGCCGUGCGCACGACCUCUUUAACAAGAGGUCCAACGACACCGAAGUCUGCGUUCCCGGCUGCACUACUUACUACACGACCAUCACUGGAAGUGACUUCAUCUGGCAGCCAACUCCCAAUGCCCCGGCUAAGACCACCAGCAGCGAGGUCAUCACGCCUUCCGCGGCCGUGCCUGUGACCACGUCUGCCGCCCCGGCGGCUUCGACCCCGGCUGUGAUUCCCACACCCAUUGCCCAGACGGUCCCUACGCCAGGAACGUACACAUUCCCGGCCACAACCAUGACCGUGACUGAGACAACCUCUACCGUGGUUCCAUCCACGGUCGAGGUCCCCCCGGGAACCCACACGCUCGGAGGUGUGACUACCAUCGUGGAGACUGCCACAACUGUGGUCUGCCCCUACGCUACUGUCUCGACCCAGAGCGGAGGAGUCGUUACCAGUCUGAUCCAGACCACUACCUAUGUCUGCCCAUCCGCUGGCACUUACACCAUUGCUCCUACGACUGUCACUGUCACUGCUCCCACCGAGACUGUGACCGUCCCUGUGGUGACGACCUUCCUCCCCGGUACUUACACCGCCCCGGCUGUCACGACCGAGGUCACCACUCAGACCGUCAUCUACUGCCCCUUCGAGAGCGCCGAGACCCCAGCUGCGACGACCUCCAGCGCCGCCGCCGUCAUUCCUCCUGUCUCCAGCAUCAUCCCUGCCGUGUCCAGCGCCGUCAUUCCUCCUGUGUCCAGCAUCCUUUCUGCUGUCUCCAGCGCCGUUAUUCCUCCUGUGUCCAGCAUCAUCCCCGUGGCGUCCUCGGCUUCGUCCACUUCUUCCUCGGCGACUGCUUCCUCCACGUCCACUGGAUCUCUCGGUGGCGGUGAGGGCCUGUGGGCUAUGACCUACACGCCUUACGACUCUGACAGUGGCGACUGCAAGACAUCGGAUGUCAUCGACACCGACGUUUCCUCCAUCGCGGCUGCCGGCUUCAAGACACUCCGUGUGUACUCCACCGACUGCGACACUCUGCCAAUGGUGGGAUCCGCCGUUUCCAAGUACGGCCUGAAGAUGAUCACCGGUAUCUUCAUCAGCGAGUACGGUUGCGCCAACGGCACCCCCGACGUCGAUACCCAGAUCUCUGCUCUCAAGGAGUGGGGCCAGUGGGACCUCGUCGAGCUCAUGGCUGUCGGAAACGAGGCCCUGUACAACGGCUACUGCACUGCUCAGCAGCUGGUCGACCUCAUUAACCACGUCAAGAGUGAGAUUCCGGACUACACUGGUCCUUACACGACCACCGAUAUCGUUGGCGCUUGGGAGCAGGAGGACGUUCAGUCCCUCGUGUGCGACGCCAUCGAUGUCGUUGCCGCCAACGUCCACUCCUACUUCAACGCUGAUGUCCUGCCCGUCGACGCCGGUGAGUUCGUCAAGGGCCAGAUCGAGAUUGUCGAGAAGGCCUGCGGUGGCAAGCCCGGUUACGUUCUGGAGUGCGGUUACCCGACGCAGGGCAACACCAACGGUGUCAACGUGCCCUCCGUGGCCAACCAGCAGAUCGCCAUCGCCAGCAUCAAGGAGACGCUCGGCGACAAGGUCGUCUUCUUCUCCAUGUUCGACGACAACUGGAAGGACGAUGGCGCCUGCGGCUGUGAGAAGCACUGGGGCGUUGGUACGCUCUUUGGAGCUCUUGGCCUGGGUGACAACGAGUAA